CUCAGAGCUGCAGCACGCGCCACAGAGAAUCCCUCUUUACAGAAGACAAGCCUCCUGGAUAAAGAUUACAACAGCAAAACAUUUGCAUGCACCAUGAAGUUUCUGUUUUUGGUCUCCUUGGUUGUUUUCCUAUCUACUGAUGGAGAGUCUGUACCAGUUGAGCAGGACACCAGGAGAGAAGAUUUGCUUGCCCAGUGUUUAGUUCAGAUCCUUUCUAAGGCACUGUAUAAAACAGAUGCUGCUCCAUUGCAUUCAGAAUGCAAAAACAUCCUCAAACCAGGUUCAGGUCACUCCUCAGUCGUGAAAAAAAGUGAGGAUGCUGCUCUGAAAACUGCUCAAGAGGAUGUGAAAAGACCAAGCCGAGAGCCUGAAGUUAAUGAGGAAGAAACAAUUGAGGAUCUUCUCAAAGCUGACAAAGAAAAACAUGAGUUGAACGAUGAACGAAGCCAGGAAGGGUUCCCGAGUUUUGUGAAAAGAAGAUUCCAAGACAAGCAUGAGGAAGUGGACGAUGAACGCAGCCAAGAAGACUUCCCAAGUUUUGUCAAAAGAAGACUCAAAGAUAAACGUGAGGAACAGGAUGAUGAACGAAGCCAGGAGGACUUCCCGAGUUACUAUAAAAGAAGCAGCAAAGAUAAAAGAGAAGAUUCUGAAGACGAGAGAAGCCAAGAGGAAUUCCCUCAGAAACGUCAUUUCUCCAUCUUACACAAGGAAAAGCGUGAUAAUCCUGAUGAGGAGCGCAGCCAGGAGGAAUUCCCUCCAUACCAGUAUAAAAGGAGUCGUCUUCUGAGCAGCAAAGACAAGCGUGAAGAUACAGAUUAUGAUAGAAGCCAAGAGGACUUCCCAAGCUACACCCACAAACGAAACCAUGGGGAUGAAGAGGAGAAAGAAGAGGAUGAGAGAGAGAAGCAGAUCUGGAAACCAUCACACAGAUACCACCACAAGAAAAUGCUCCACAAACGAGAUGAGGACUCAGAGAAUGAGAAUUUUGAAGAUCAAGACUACGAUAGAAGCCAAGAAGACUUCCCAAGCUACACCCUCAAACGAAACCAUGUGGAUGAAGACGAUGAGGAGGACAAGGAAGAGAGAGAAAAGCGUAUCUGGAAACCCUCACACAGAUACCACCACAAGGAAAAGCUCCACAAACGAAAUGGAGAUUCAGCCGGGGACAUGAACUCUAAGGAAUCUGAAGAGGUGGACGAGGAUAUUGUAAAACGAUCUCGGAAACCUUCUAGCAGAAACCACCAUAAGAAGUACCACAAACGCAGUGGGGACUCAUCUGAGGAGGAUUAUGAGGAACAGACACACAAAUAUCCCCCCAAGUAUAAUCACAAGCGUGUUGACUUCAUGGAUUUUGAGAAUGAAGAUGAACCAAAGAUUGACCAUGAGCUGAAUGAAAAGAGGCAUUCCUCAAACAGUCAGGGGGAAGAAGAUGAGCAGAAGAGACACCAGAGCUCUGCAGAAGAAGAGCAAGACAAGGAGGCUGCACUGAGGUACCUCACUAAGAAAAAGAACGAGUUAGAGGAACGCCUACUUAACAAGGUCAACUUUGAUGAGAAACGUUCUCCCUGGAUUUACAGAGGAUACUACCAUCCUGCGUGGUACAAGAGAAGCCAAGAUGUGAGUACUGGCCCGCAUUACAGUCGUAACCUAGAGGAGAUCGCUGAGACCCUACGGUACAAAAGGGGCCUGCUUUCUCAGCAGGAGUCACUUGGGGAUAAAAAGGAUGUGCCACAUUAGAAGCUUCUCACACCAGAAGAGUUGUGAAACUGGCCUCUGUGGACCAACAGAUGAAAAAAACAGCUUAACCAGUUGAAGAAUGAGCUGGGACAUCACCUUCUGUGCUGCCUGUUUCAACUUUGCAUUAGCUUUAUGUGUGCUGAUUUGGGCUUAAGUUGAAUGCGUU